UGUCACUCAAGCAGACUCUGCUCCUGGCACGCGUGAAGCGGACGUGAAGCGGAGAGCACAAAGCAAAGUGUUUGAAACAGUCCAGUUGUCUUGGGCCGCUGCUUGCGCGCACCGCUCCUUUUACAAACCUCUUAUCAAAAAUGUUUCCGCCCUCGGAUCCAACCUUUGCCUUGGCUGAACCCGACAUGUAGCCUGUGCGUUCUGAGAGGAGCUCAUAGGGAGAAAACCUUGACUGGAUUUCAGAGUUCGGAAACAGCAGAGCGCGCGCAUCGCUGGUCUGCUGGUGCGAGGGUCCGGGGUCCGGGGAUCGGACCGGCCACCAUGCUCCGGCCGUGGGCUGCGCACUGGAUUACAGCGGUGCUCCUGUGCGGGGCUGUGGCACAGUACUCCAGCGACCAGUGCAGCUGGAGAGGAAGCGGUUUGAGCCAUGAGUCUCAUCGCAGAGAUGUGGAGCAGGUUUACCUUCGCUGCUCUCAGGGCUCUCUGCAGUGGCUCUACCCGACAGGAGCCAUCAUCGUCAACCUGCGGCCAAACACAGAACCAUUAUCAGGACACACUGCAGACCUCCAUGUGUGCAUCAGACCCCACACUUACUCCAAGGGUUCUAAUCUGUACCUGGAGCAUGCCGGGGAUCUGACGCUGCUGCUGGCAGAGAGAGACCAGGCUCGGGGCACAGUGCACUGUUUCAGCCUCACAGAGGGGGCUCUUUUUGUGGAGGCCGUCCCUCAGACUGACAUCAGCCGGAGGAUAACAGCUUUUCAAUAUGAGCUGGUGCCCAGUCAGGGGCCCGGGGCACACAUGUACCCAUACCUGCACCCUGGUUUAGUCGCCUGUGAACCUUGUUCAGAUGAAGACGUCCUCCUGGCUGUGUGUACCAGUGAUUUUGCUGGCAGUGGCGUCUUCCAGGGAGUGACAUCAGGUACGAACGAGCACCCUCCUGCUGUGGUGACUCUGAGCCGACUGUUCCGUCAGAAGAGCCGGGUGUUUGCAUGGAGCGGAGCCAGAGGGCGGCGGUGGAGAGUCUUCUGA